CAGUGCUUCUCUCGGACAAUCAAAAACAGCCCUCAUAUCUGUCAGAACAACCAUGAGUGACCAGGCUUCCCUUUCUUCACCACUGCCUGGAUCAGGGGCAGAAGUCGGUCCUUCCUCAUCACUGGAGUCUACAGGAUGUUGUGAAGAACACAAGGAGUACCUGUCAUUGUUCUGUUUGGAUGACCUGGAGCCCUUAUGUAAACAAUGUGCUGCCGACAGCCACGCAUACCACAGGGUUUACCUUUUAGCCGAGGCUGCAAUUGACUGCAAGGAGGAGCUAAAAACAUCUUUAUCUGGUUUGAACAUGAGGUUGAAAAACUUUGAAGAUGUCCUUCAAAUGUGCAAAAAGGAAUCCAAACGCAUUCAGACUGAGUCCAAACUCAGAGAGGAGACUUUGAAAGAAGAAAUCACAAAACUCCAUCAGUUUUUGAGAGAAGAGAAGGCCUCCAGGCUUCGCACACUGAUGGAGGAGAUGGAAGAAAAGACAAGGAAGGCUGAGGAGAGGAUGAACAGACUGAGUGAGGUGAUAACACUUCUGGAGGAAAAGAUCCAGCUGACAGAAAGAGAGCUCCAUGACGAAGAAGAUGGAUUUGAAUAUUUACAGGGGUACAACAAUGCAAUGAGUAGCACAUGGUGUGGUGAUAUGAAGCCUGAAAGGAUUCACAGACCUUUAAUCAAUGUAGCAAAACACUUAGGGAACCUCCGCUAUGCCGUUUGGGAGAAGAUGAAACAAAUCGCCCCCUACGCUCCAGUGAUUCUGGAUUCAAGAACAGCAGGCGAGGUUGUGAGGGUGUCUUCAGAGCUGAACAGUUUUCAUAUCACCUCUGGACCCUCACAGAGAGCAGAUCAGCACAUAAAUGAGGCUAUUCCAGCCAACCCUGAACAUUUCCACCCCCAGACCUGCAUUCUGGCAAGAGAUGGCUUUAACACAGGGGUACACUGCUGGGACAUUGAGGUUGGUGAUACAAGCAGCUGGACUGUUGGCGUAGCUGCUACAUCCACGCUGACAAAGACUAAACAUGAAGCACGUCAACAAUCUGGACUCUGGUGUAUCAGUCUUAAGGAUGGAGAAUACCAAGUUCUCACGACUCCCACUCAGACCCUCGACCUUGGCAACUCGCAUCGCCUCACCACAGUCCGUAUAAGACUGAACUGUGAAGGAGGGACACUAGAAUUCAUAGAUGCUGAUGCAGAUGCAUCAAUUUUUACCUUUUUUCAUUGUUUCACAGAGACAGUCUAUCCCUACUUUGAGUGUAGCUCUUUAGUUGGUAGAGUUGCAGUUUUGGAACAGGCAGUGACAAUCAGACUAGGCUCAGAUUAUGUUCCCCUAAAAGAUACUGUGACUAUUUCAUAGGAUCAGAACACAAAAGGCAACCUGCCCACAAAGAAAGAUACAGCAGAAAAUGUAAUGAGAGAAAUGGAUGCUGAACAUUUGAUUUGGGAAAUGAAGACAAGAGAAAUGUGUCCUUUGAAAAAGAAAAAAGCAACAAAACCAAUUGAAAAAGAGGAGACAUCGAACAUAAAAAAAUGGUGGGAGACUGAGUAGAAAGAGCAGAUUUAAAGUAAGCUACCAUGUUUCAUUGAACCAAGCCCUGAAUACCACCGUCGCAGACUGUGGAAACCUCAAAAACCUUUGAAAUAAAUUAAAAACGGACACAUUUCAUUAUCUAUAGCAGUAUGAUACUAGUGCCAUAAUGCACUUUUUUUUUAACCUAGUUUGCAGUCUUUGUAUGCGUUUGCAGGGGGGGGGGGUGAUUAAAUGAAAUAUAUGCACAUCAAAUAUUCUGCACAUCACUGACCUGACUGGUCCACUAGGGAGACUAUGAACUUCAGUUAUGAUUUUGUUCAAAUAUGGCAAUGGAAACCGAGGGAACUUCUGAAGCUAUAAGUGCAAAAAUGUAAAUGUAUUCAGUAAAACUCCUUCAGCUUUUACAUAACACUAGUUUUGCUUUUCAUAUCAUCAUAUUUCCAGUAUUAAUAUCAUAUGCAGUUACUAUAGCCAGAUUUGACACUUUGACUUCAGAUGGGUCUGACUGUAGCUCAGUUUCUUUACACACUUUAGUUUUUGCCUUGGAUCUGGUGUUUAAAGCAGGCAGGAGAUAUUCUCUUGUUGAUUAAGAUGAAUUAAUGUUAUGCAGCACAGCCACUCUUUGCCCUCUGUAAGAGUUUCUUGAGAGAAGGUUUAUGAAGUCAGCACUUCAUGGUGUUGGGUUUCUAUGCUUAACUGUUACUUAGAGAUAAAGAAUAGAAAUAAAAAAAACACCCUAUCAUAGAAAAUACUUUUUUCUUUUCCAGCACAGACAUGUUUUCACCAUCAGUCUUGGCAGUGAUGGACUAAAUAGUCAACAGCAGUAUUUGAUUAAAGUAUUAAUACUCAUAUUCAUAUUUUACUCAAAUACAAGUAAAAGUACUCACUUUUGAAAAUACUUAAUUAUUCAAAAGUACAUGCAUUUAAAAGUACUUAAGAAUUAAAAACUACAAAUUUCAUUUUCCAAUAUUAGUAUAUUUCUGCAUAAUUUUCCGAGUAACUUUUAAGAACCUUGUAACUUUCAGAAACCACCUGAUGUAUUAAUAAUGCAUAAAACUUCCUGCUUCAGAUUCUCAUUUUAAAAGCAAACCAAAAAGGAAACAGUAGAGUCUUGAUUCUCCUCACAUUUCACUAUGGAAAAGAGGUUUUAGGUUGAAUCUAUGACCACAGAGAAACUACAAUUCUGCUCUGAGAACUCAUCCUACAGCACAACUUGGCCACAUGUCAAUAACUAACACCUUGAUAAAAUGGAUGAAAUACAAAUAUCUGCCCUGAGUUUCUCCUAUUUGUGGAACAUCAUGAAAAUCUCUAAACAGUGGUGUCCAAACUCAGCCCUAAUGGCUGCUAUCUGCCAUGUUGAAAUUGUAUUUCAAUAAAGAAUAACAGCAACAGAAGAUUAAAAAGCUAAGCUGAGCCAAAAAUAAUCAGACUAUCAACUUCCUAGACAUGGAGUGGAGU